UUGGUAUUAAAGUAUGUUUGCACGAUGGAGGAGUCAGGUGAGCACAUUGUUGCUGGUGAGAGACUUCAUCUUGAAAUUUGUCUUAAGGAUCUUCAGGAUGAUUUCAUGGGUGGUGUUGAGAUUGUCAAGUCAGACUCGGUUGUCUCAUUUUGUGAGACUGUUUUGGAGCGAUCUAUCUGUAAGGUGAUGAGCAAGUCCCCCAACAAGCAUAACCGUCUCUACAUGGAAGCUAGGCCCUUGGAGGAUGGUCUUGCAGAGGCAAUUGACGAAGGCUGUAUUGUUCCAAGAGAUGAUCCUAAGAUCCGUUCCAAGAUCUUGGCAGAGGAGUUUGGUUGGGACAAGGAUCUUGCAAAGAAGAUCUGGGCGUUUAGACCUGAAACCACGGAGCCUAACAUGGUUGUAGACAUGUGUAAGGGAGUACAAUACCUAAAUGAAAUCAAGGAUUCAGUUGUUGCUGGGUUCCAGUGGGCGUCAAAGGAAGGUCCUCUAUGUGAUGAGAACAUGAGAGGAAUCUGCUCUGAGGUGUGUGAUGUGGUUCUCCAUUCUGAUGCAAUUCACAGAGGUGGUGGUCAGGUUAUCCCUACAGCCAGGAGGGUUAUCUACACCUCGCAGCUCACCGCCAAGCCCAGACUGUUGGAGCCGGUGUACAUGGUGGAGAUCCAAGCACCAAAGGGAGCACUUGGUCGAAUCUACAAUGUGCUGAAUCAGAAGCGUGGACAUGUGUUUAAGGAGAUGCAGAGGCCAGGAACACCAUUGUACAACAUCAAGGCUUACUUGCCAGUCGUUGAAUCUUUUGGAUUCUCGAGUCAGCUUAGGGCAGCAACCUCAGGACAGGCAUUCCCGCAAUGUGUGUUUGAUCAUUGGGAGAUGAUGUCGUCUGACCCUCUGGAGGCAGGAUCGCAGGCUUCAACGCUGGUGACUGACAUCAGGAAGAGGAAGGGUAUGAAGGAACAGAUGACUCCGUGGUCUAAUUUCGAAGACAAGUUGUGGUUACAGCAGCAACAGCCAGCAAGACCAUCUCUCUUUAUCUCAACUCUGGUCACUCUCUAUCACAACUAUAUUUUUGUUUUCUGUUUUUUGAUGCUAUUGAUGGAUCGAGUAUGACUUUAUCUCUGGUCAUCCCUUUGAAUGUUUGUACUUUUUAGUUGUGAACUGGUUUAUCUAUGUAUUUUUCUUUGCAGUCAUCAUAUUAUCAUGUUUUCAUUAUAACA